GUCUCAUCUCCCCUGGUCUCGAGCGCAGCGCAUUUCAAGCAUCUCAGCCGUGUGAGUCAGCAACAGCUAGCUACAGGGCUUCAGAGCUGGAGUCUGCACAACUUCAGUACUUUCACUUCAGAGGUAUUUGUCUCUCCCUUCUUAUUUUCUAAACAAAGAAGACUUAAUUUCACUCAAGGUUCACCGCUUUUUGGGCUCCGUAGCCUGGGGAUCCUGACCAGGUGUUCACAAUGAAGUCCUUCGCAUCUUUGUUCCUUUGGAGGAUCAUCAUUUUAUUAAUACUAAUAGUCUCACUGGGCCAAACAUCUGAGGAUGUGUAUGAUAUCUGGAAGCCAGAGUACAAAGGCGACCUACCCUAUGGCAAGCCUCCGCAGUGUGUGGACAUCCCAGAUGACCUGAAGCUCUGUCAUGGUGUGGGCUACAACCAGAUGCUGCUGCCCAACUUACUGGAGCACGAGUCUAUGGCUGAGGUCAAGCAGCAGGCAGGAAGCUGGGUGCCCCUGGUGCACAAGAACUGCCACCCAGGCACUCAGGUGUUCCUGUGUUCCCUUUUUGCCCCUUUGUGUCUGGAGAGGGCCAUCUACCCAUGCCGCUGGCUCUGUGAAGAUGUGCGUGAUGGCUGCAUACCCAUCAUGGAAGCAUUUGGGUUUCCCUGGCCUGAGAUGCUCACCUGUGACAAGUUUCCUCAAGAUGAUGUGUGCAUUAGUACACCUAAUGCCACAGAGGCCUCCAAGCCCACUGGAUACUCCCCAGUAUGUCCUCCUUGUGACAAUGAAAUGAAAACGGAUGUGAUUCUGGACCACAUGUGUGCCAGUGAAUUUGCCAUAAAGACCAAGAUCAAAGAGGUCAAACGGGAGAACAUGGAUCGCAAGGUGAUCCUGCAGAAGAGGAAAAAACCCCUAAAGCUGGGCACUUUGAAGAAGACGGACCUGAAGAAACUCACUCUGUACCUGAAGAACGGAGCCGACUGCCCCUGCACGCAGCUAGAAAAUCUCGGAAACUCAUACCUUAUAAUGGGACGCAAGGUGGACAAACAGUACAUUCUAACUGGCAUUCACAAGUGGGAAAAAUCCAGCAAGGAGUUUAAAAAUACCAUGAAAAAACUCAAAAGCCACAAGUGCCCUGUCUUUGAGAAUGUCUUCAAAUAAACAUUCUCAGAGCUCCUACUUACUUUAUGAACUUGCACAUCCAGGCUACACAAAACACAAAAUAUUGUUACAUUUUUUCAUUGUUCGUGUACUAUAAAUAUAUAUAUAUAUAUAUAUAUAUAUUUCUCAUGUAUAGAUCAGACACUUGAGGUAUUUUGUCUUGGAUAUGUGCUGUCAAAGACUGAAAAGAUUAUGAAUGAUACAGUAGACAAACUCUUCACCACAACCAAAGGAUCACUUUUGUAUAUAUCCAAACCUGUGAUAAUAUGUUGUAAAAUUUUCACAAUUCACCCACAA